UGGCUUAGGGGUUACCCUGUGGUGCGCCGCUGGCCGGCGGAAGCCAGCGGUGUAGAGCCGGUGGAGGUCUGUCCGGCUGCAGAGCCUGCGUGCGCAAAGGCCGCUGGGAGGCUGUGGAGCCCAGGGCAGUGCGAUGGCGCCGGCGGAGGCUCGCGGCGCGCUCCCAGGCUGGGUCUCCGUGCUGGGCUGGGGCCUGGCGCUGUGCUGUCUGUGUGGGGCGGGCCCGCUGUGGAGUGGCAGCCAUGAGUGGAAAAAACUAAUUUUGACCCAGCAUUGGCCCCCAACCGUAUGCAAGGAAGUUAACAGCUGCCGAGACUCUCUGGAUUACUGGACAAUACAUGGACUAUGGCCUGAUAGAGCAGAAGAUUGUAACCAAUCCUGGCAUUUUAACUUAGAUGAGAUUAAGGACCUUCUGCGAGACAUGAAGAUCUACUGGCCCGAUGUGAUUCACCCGUCUCCUAAUCGCAGCCAGUUCUGGAAACAUGAGUGGGAUAAACACGGCACCUGUGCUGCCCAGGUGGACGCCCUCAAUUCCGAGAAGAAGUACUUUGGGAAGAGCCUGGAUCUGUACAAGCAGAUUGACCUCAACAGUGUACUACAAAAAUUUGGAAUCAAGCCAUCUAUCAACUACUACCAGCUUGCAGAUUUCAAAGAUGCACUUACCAGAAUCUAUGGUGUGGUGCCUAAAAUCCAGUGCCUUAUACCAGAACAGGGAGAGAGUGUACAGACCAUUGGCCAGAUAGAGCUGUGCUUCACCAAGGAGGACUUACUUUUGCGAAACUGUACUGAGCUAGAUGAGCAGCUGUCCUCCAGGCAGGAAGCCUGGCUGGCCAUGGAGGCGUCUACGCAUGGGAUGAUGGUCUGUGAAGACGGUCCAAUCUUCUACCCUCCACCUACAAAGACCCAACAUUGAUGGCCACAUUUUGGAAAUAUUUUGUAUUCCACAAACUAAGAAAAGUUCACAAAUCAUUGCUUUCUAAAAUUUCACUAAAAAGUUUCUUAAAAUGAGUUUGGCUUUUUCUUGUGUGUGAAAGAGUUGAUUUUUGUCUGGUCUAAUUAGUAGGUGCUCCUGUGCUGUCCCUGCCAGCUGGCAGCCACACAGCCUCUGGCAGCCUCAUUUCCUGUCCCACAGACAGCCGCUGUUGUCAGCCUCACUUCCUGUCCAGAAAAACAAGCUUCAUAUUGCUAAUAAGAACUUGAAAGUCUCAGCACAACUUUUUAUUUUGGUCAAGUUUAAAUUACUCUGUUUAUUUAAAAUUAAAAAAUAUUAUUGUACAUGUA